AUGUCAACGAACUUUUUGAUAAAUUAUUUAUCAUUAAUCACAAUCAGAAAAUUAAAGGAAUAUUAUUUAUAAUAAUAUGUUAAAAAUCCAGAAUCUUACAAUACAAAUGUUGAAUGAAAAGUCAUGGAAUAAAUAUAUGAAUACAAUAACCAAUCAAACUUUUGAUAAUUUUAUGGUAAAAAAAUUUAGAGCGGAAAAUUUGUUUGCGGAUUCAAUAAAUGAUACUCCAGUUUCAAAAGCAGCGCGAAUAUCUAUUGAAAAUAUAAUCAAAGGAGAUGUAAAAAUUGCAAAAUUACAUGUAACAAAGAAAUUUGUAAUUGAUUCAAAAUUCAAAAUAUCGGAUAUUCCAUAUCAAAUAUAUUCUAAUGUUUCCAUUCAAGGUAACGUGAAGAUAAAAACUUUAGAAUUGGACAAUUACAUGCAAAUCUUUCUAAACAAUGAAAAAAUAAAUCUUAAUAAUAUUCUCAAUGUUUUUUGGACAAAAUCAAGUAAUCAAGUAAUCAAAAAUGAUAUCAUUUUUGAAAAUAGUUUAACUAUAGAUUACUUAAACACAAAGUACUUGAAUGGGUUUUCUGAGGAAGAAUUUUUGUACACUACUGUAUCAAUCAUUCCAGAAAAUUUUAAAAAAUUACACUUUGAAAAUAUUUACGUAGAUGAUAUGUUUUUCGUUGAAGAAAAAAAUGAUAAUUUUUUCGAAAUUGCUCCAGAAUCUAUAAUAAUUCGAGAAAAAUUAUAUGUAAAACAUAUACACGGAAACGAAUUAUUCAUUGAUGUUUUUAAUGAUGUUCCUAUUGUCAAUAUUUUAAACCAAAAACAGCCUCAUAUUUUUCUGCAAAACAUGACUUUCUCUAAGAUUAAAACUAAACAAAUAUUUGUAAAUGAACUUAAUUUUCUCUUCUUUAGUGAUAAAAAUAAUACUUCUUUUUACGAAAUGGCAAAUAUCAGAAAAUUAAACUUAUGA